AUGACUCAACGAUCACGUUCACCGACAACACCGCCGCCAGGCCAAGAAAUAACCUAUGAGAAAAUUCUUACAGAAACGCCAAUCGAAACAGAGAAAUUGAUAGACCAAAGAACAGGAGCUGUGAUCAGGCAAACCGAAAAGCGUGGUACACCGCGGAUAACUCGAACGAAGAUUACUAAAGGGGUUAAGAUUAAUAUCGCACGAUGUGAAGGCCCAAGUGGGAAACCAAUGCUACAUUUUCGUCUGCUUCCGAAUCGAAAGAGUGCUCAAGAAGCAGCCCGAGAAGCUGGUAGAGGCAAUCCGCCUGUUCAUCACACAGCUCAUGGACCUGGUCAACGGCCACAUUUUCACCCGGCAGAUCGCUAUGGAAAUAUUAUCAAGGAUGGCGCGCACUAUGAAUAUCCUGCUCCAAAACAUUUUCUUAUAUCAGAUAAAAAGACCUAA